UCGGCGGGAGCCCAGGUGCCGGCGGGCAGGAGGCGCCCGAGGAUGUGCUGCUGGCCGCUGCUCCUGCUGUGGGGGCUGCUCCCCGGCGCGGCGGCGGGGGGCUCGGGCUGGACCUACCCGCACCGCACGAUGCUCGACUCGGGGGGCAACUACUGGCUGAGCUGGGGCCCGCGGGGUGGCCGGCUCGCCUUCCGCCUCGAGGUGCGCACGGCCGGCUACGUGGGCUUCGGCUUCUCGCCCACCGGGGCCAUGGCAGCUGCAGACAUCGUCGUGGGCGGGGUGGCCCACGGGCGGCCGUACCUCCAGGAUUAUUUUACAAAUGCAAAUAGAGAGUUGAAAAAAGAUGCUCAGCAGGAUUACCAUCUAGAAUAUGCCAUGGAAAAUAGUACACACACAGUAAUUGAAUUUACCAGAGAACUGCAUACAUGUGACAUAAAUGACAAAAGUAUAACGGAGAGCACUGUGAGGGUGAUCUGGGCUUACCACCAUGAAGACAUGGGCGGAACUGGUCCCAAGUACCAUGCCUCCAAUCGUGGCACCAAGAGUCUGCGGUUAUUGAACCCGGAAAAAACUAGUGUAUCAUCUACACCCAUACCAUAUUUUGACCUGGUCAAUCAGGACGUUCCCAUCCCAAACAAAGGUACAACAUAUUGGUGCCAAAUGUUUAAGAUUCCUGUGUUCCAGGAAAAGCAUCAUGUAAUAAAGGUUGAGCCAGUGAUACAGAGAGGCCAUGAGAGUCUGGUCCAUCACAUCCUGCUCUAUCAGUGCAGCAGCAACUUAAACGACAGCGUCCUGGACUACGGCCACGAGUGCUACCACCCUAAUAUGCCCGAUGCGUUCCUUACCUGCGAGACCGUUAUUUUUGCCUGGGCCAUUGGUGGAGAGGGUUUUUCUUACCCACCUCAUGUUGGAUCAUCCCUCGGCACUCCGUCAGAUCCUCAUUAUGUGCUUCUGGAGGUCCAUUACGACAAUCCCACAUAUGAGGAAGGCUUAAUAGAUAAUUCUGGGCUGAGGUUAUUUCAUACAACAGAUUUAAGGAAAUAUGAUGCCGGGGUGAUUGAGGCUGGCCUGUGGGUAAGCCUGUUUCAUACCAUUCCUCCGGGGAUGCCUGAAUUCCGGUCUGAGGGUCACUGCACCCUGGAGUGCCUAGAAGAGGCUCUGGAAGCUGAAAAGCCAAGUGGAAUCCACGUGUUUGGGGUUCUUCUCCAUGCUCACCUGGCUGGAAGAGGCAUCAGGCUGCGUCAUUUUCGCAAAGGGGAAGAAAUGACCUUACUGGCUUAUGAUGAUGAUUUUGACUUUAAUUUCCAGGAGUUUCAGUAUCUAAAGGAAGAACAAACAAUCUUACCAGGAGAUAAUCUAAUUACUGAAUGUCGCUACAACACAAAAGAUAGAGCUUGGAUGACUUGGGGAGGAUUAAGCACCAGGAAUGAAAUGUGUCUCUCAUACCUUCUUUAUUACCCAAGAAUCAAUCUUACUCGAUGUGCAAGUAUUCCAGACAUUAUGGAACAACUUCAGUUCAUUGGUGUUAAGGAGAUCUACAGACCAGUCACGACCUGGCCUUUCAUUAUCAAAAGCCCCAAGCAGUAUAAAAACCUUUCUUUCAUGGAUGCAAUGAAUAAAUUUAAAUGGUCUAAAAAGGAAGGUCUCUCCUUCAAUAAGCUUGUUCUCAGCCUGCCGGUGAAUGUGAGAUGCUCCAAGACAGACAAUGCAGAGUGGUCGAUUCAAGGGAUGACAGCUUUACCUCCGGAUAUAGAAAGACCAUAUAAGGCAGAACCUUUGGUGUGUGGAACCUCUUCUUCUGUGCGCAGGAGUUUCUCUCCCAAGCUGCUCCUGUGCCUCGCGGUACUUGGGAGCUCGCUGGGCAGCACAUGCCUGUGGUCCUACUUCUGUGGGGCUUGGUGACCAUGUUUUCUGUGAUUCAAACCUGUCAUUUAACAUUCAGGUUAAAGACACUUGGGGCGUGAAGAGUGAGCAUGGGGAGAACAGAGACUUGAUUUUCACACACGCCCUGCCCCCCUGAGCGCCACCCCAGGCUCUCUUCUCCUCAGAAGCAUCCAGUGAAAUGUGUUGAUCACCAAUAAAGCAAAACCAGCCCUACCUAAUACAAGCUUUAUAAAAAUUUGGACAAAAAUCAGUGGAAGUAAAAGAGAUCUUCUUUUCCUUCUGUUUUCCUCUUUAUUUAAACACUCAUUGUAGCCAUUUCACUUUAAAAUUUUUGAUUUGCCUUCUGUAUUUCUCUUUUAAAAUAUUUUCACCUUAAAGAGUGUAAAAAGAUGUACUCUCCAUUCCAGUUUUUUCUCUUUAUUGUUCUUUUGAUGUGACUUCCCAGGUGUAACAAUGGUCCUUCCAGUCUUUCAGUGUUAUCUGGCUCUGCCCUUUACUGUGACUUAGCCUCGGACCCCUUACCUAAGGGCUUUCUGAUGAUGCCUAUUCCAGUCUCUUCAUUUAUCAAGCCUGUUGCUACUCCCUAACCACCCCAAACCCAUGUCGAAGUACUCUUUCGCCCCUUCCCUGCUCAGCACUGGCCAGGUGAGUUUUUUCUUGAGCUCUGUCACUAUCUAAAAAGAAAGAGGUGUGGAAAACAGAAAUGGUGCCUGACUGAUGGUGGGCUGAGGAGAAAGUGUGGCUGCCCACAAGCCAUGCCGUGAGGGGUCCUUUAGGAGGUUCCAGGGCAAAGGCCAGAUGGUGUGAGCCAGCCAACGGGCACGUGGGGAGCACCCAGGACCCCACUAACUGCUUUGGGUGUCACAUGUACUGCAUAAUGGCUCAAUUUGAGUCACAGUUGCUGUUGUAGGUUUAUUUUUAUAUUAGUUAAUAAACUAGUUUCCAUAAUGAAAUUGUUACCCAUUGAAAAUCUCGUCAGUCUUUGGUUCUCUUUGUAUGGUUCAGCCAAGUCUUGUUUUGCGUUGCCUCCUCAUUCCUUAAACUGCUGUUGGGAUCAUAUCAAUAAACUAAAUAAAACAAAUUUUUGUGUGGCAUCUUGUACACUCUGUGAGAGAAACAGAUGAUUCAAUUAAGAAUGUUGCAUUUUUCUUCUUCAUUUGUAAGCGCUUUCUCACCAGCAAAGAAUGUCUUCAGUACAAACUGUAUCGCCUUGUAAAUAAAUACUGUGCUUUGGAAUGUU